UAAAAAUAAACCGAUGUACAACAUCCUGUCACUUUUGGUCAGAAGAUUGACAGGUGAACCUCGUUUAACAGUGUAAGAAGAUAAACAGAUUUAAAUACUCAAGAGAAAAGAAAUUUCAUUAUGAAGUGUGAUAACCUGGUUUUUCUGUCUGCUUUAUGCAGUGUAUAUGUAACUCAUUUAGUACUGUGUGGAAAAGACUAUUAUGAAAUUCUUGGUGUGAAGAAGAAUGCAACUGAUAAACAGAUCAAAAGAGCAUUCCGUAAACUUGCAGUAAAAUACCACCCAGAUAAAAAUAAAGAAAAAGAUGCUGAAGAAAAGUUUAGGGAAAUUGCAAAAGCAUAUGAAGUAUUGUCAGAUACAGACAAAAGAAAGAAUUAUGACCGAUUUGGUGACACUGAAGAUGGACAUCCAGGACAAGGAGGCAAUGGAGGAUAUGAUUUUGAUUUCAAUGACUUUUUCAAAGGUUUUGACAAUGCUUUCAAAGAUCAUAAACAACAUGAACAAGGACAUCACAAUGCUGAUGAUCAUGAAAGCUUUACCUUUCAUUUUGGACAAAAUGGUGGAAGUUUUAAUUUUGGUGAUUUAUUUGAGGACGAUGAUGAUAAUAGUAAUGGGGACGAUAGCAUUUUUAAAUUUGGUGGUUUUGACGAUGAUAUGUUCGGAGGAGGUUUCCACAACAUGUAUGAUGAAGAAUCUAACGGUAGACAUCAACAGCAUUACCAUACCCACAAUAGAAUGCAUGACCAUGUGCAUCACAACCAUCAAAAACAUAUGCACAAUAUGCACAACAUGCACAAUGCACAUGUACACAGACCUAGACAUAAUCAGCAUAAUACCGAAACAAUGCAUACAAUGAGAUCAUCAGGUGGCAGAACAUGUAGAACAGUAACACAGAGAGUAGGAAAUAUGGUCACAACACAUACAGAAUGUUCCUAGUAUACAAGGGAGAUAAUUUGUUAUAGGGGAGAUAACCUCCGUUUUAUCUGUGAUAUUCUGACAGAUGAACUGCAGCAACAUUUCCUGAAUAACCUGUAAAUUGUAUUGCAAAGACCCUGUUCAGUUUUUAGCUCCUUGUUCAUGUGUUCAACUGUUAUAUAUAUUUAUUAUUUGCAAACUUUAUCAGGGAUGUGGUUCACUGACAACAUUUCAUGUGAGCAUUUUACAUUGAACAAAAAAUUAAGUUGUUUCUUAAUUAAUUAAAAAAAAAAAAUCAUCGAUUACUGUACAUGUGUAUAACAAUGUUAAAUAUUUUUGUUAUCAAAUAAGAUAAAUGAUAUACUUUCUGCAUUGCUUUGGGAAAAGGUGUUAAUCUGUCAUAACCUUUUACAUUCUUAGAGGUUGGAACGGAAUUCAGUCAAAAGUCACUUGAAGGUACAAAUGUAUUUUAAUCUUUCAAUAUGCCUUUGCUUUCUAAUUGAAUGAUCAGUAUUAUUCAGACUAACAGAUAUAUGGUGUUCUAUGAACACUUUUUUGUUUAUAUGCCAACCAUGAUUUGCAAAUGAAUUCUAUUAGAUAAUAAUGGGAACAACUGAAAUUGGUUAUUUUUAAAUCUCUUGAUUAAAAUAGAUUGAAUGGGUUCUAAAUGAAAUUUUAAAGAUUUAAAAACACUUGUUUACGUAAUUUCUCUGACUGAUAUGUGUAAGGACAUAAUCAUGAGGAGGUUAAGAAAUGAAGUCAAUCUCUAUUUUGCAACUCAACACAUUCACCAGAAGUUUGCUUUAGUUUUGCUUGCCAAAUUUGUUAUCUUUUCCAAUUUAUAAUAAAGACUCCGUGAAACAUUGAUUGUAUAUUAAAUAUUGAGGUGUGUGCCAAUAAGACAACUUUCCACCAGAGACCAAAUGAUGUUAAUAUUAUUGUUUGUGUGCAUUCCAGUGCUUUCUGUUAUCUGUUUCCAAACUAAAACUGUAAUGUCAAGUUCAAUAAAAGUUAUAUAUUUGUCAUGAUCAACUAGGUAAAUAUGUGUUUGUUUGUGUUUUUGUUUUGUCUUAGAUAUCUGCGAAGCAUUAUUGUCAAAAUAUGCUUGUCUAAACACUUGCAGACUAAUUCAUUAUUAAAAAAAAAUUAGAAAGUUUAAAACACAUUUAUCUCUUGUAUGGUGGAUCAAUUUUAUUUUGUUAUUAUUUUAUGUCAUGUUUAAGUGUAAAUGUUAAACAUUUAUUAUGGCAUACUGUGGAUUCACUUAUUUUGGUGGGUAUCAAUUUUUCGUGGAUUAAGGAAAACUCACAUGUUUGUCGAUAUUUAAUUUCGUGGUUUUGCAAAAGAUUGCAUACAAGCCUAUAGGAAUUUUGUCAUUCGUUGAACACUUAUUUUCGUGGUUCACCUUUACCCACGAAAUCCACGAAAAAUUGGUAUCCAACGAAUAAUAACGAAUCCACAGUAACUAUUUAUUGUUUUAUUGAUUGUUUGUGUACAUGUAUGAUUGUUUUAUUGUCGCUUGCUUAAGGUAAAGUGGUAGUUUAAUUAAAUUGAAAAAAUAGUCUUAAUAUUAUAAUUAUUUGAAAACAAAAAUGAAAAAGAAAGUGUAUAUAAUUCACUCCAAAAAACUAGUUUAAAAGUAAAAGUAUAUGUUUGGAAAAAUUGUAUCUUGACUACAUUAUUUAGUAAUUGAAAUACUACUUGUAACUUGGGAAUUAAGCUGAUCUAAGCUUUACAACUAUGUUAAAGCUUAGAUCAGCAUAAGAACAAAGAUAACAACAGGAUUAACUAUUAAGUAUAUUUUCAAUAACAAAAGUUGAGGAAGAUGAUAAAUAUUUUACUAGAUUAUAAGUGCUACAAGAAUCUUAUAAAAUUAUCAAAUGGUUGUAAUGCAUCUUUAUAAUUAACAAUUACAUGAAAUAAAACAAAUAUAUCUGUACAUCAGCGAGCAUAUUUACCAAAAAUAUAUUUUAAUACAAGUUAUAUGUGAACACAUAAAAUUGUUUAUAUACCAGUGAAUAAUAAGAAUUGUUGUAACUGCAGACAAUAUUUUGCCAAGUUUUAAAUCUUUUGUUGCAUUAUUAUGUAUAGAAAUGUUGAUAUUGUUAAAAUCCGAUGUCUUUCAUUUAGAUUGUCAGUAAAUACAGAUAUUUGUUUUUAUCAAAACUGAAUUGUUGAGUAGUUUGAAAAUCUAACUAUCUGAAACCUACUGGGGGUUUAUUUUUACAGAGUUUACAUUACACAAUUUCUAGGGCCUAACAUAUUCUCAUGGUUUUUUUUCUCUAUUUUUCUUGUUCUUUCUUUUGAUACUCCAAAAAAAAAGAUAUUCUUUUGAUUUUAUCUGAAAUAUGAAAAUAAAAAAACUCAUAAUUCUUUUUUUAUGAAAAUGUCUGUCCAACAUUCUUGAAAAAUUGUGUCUUGUAAACUAAUCGUGAAAAAAUGUCUUCCAGAUUUUCAAAGUGCCUUCCAUGGGUUCCAUGUUCAUUUCAAUGGAAUUGCCCUUAACCUUUUUGAAUAAUGCCAACUGCAAAAUCACCUAUGAACCAUACAAACUCAAAUAUUUGUUCAGUAUAAUAUGUAAUGAAUUAUUUUUGUUUUUACUAGGGAAAAUGUAUAAGAGAAACCACAAAUUAUAGGGUUUGUUUUAUUUGUAUUUACUGAUGAUAUUUGAAUAUUUAAUCAAUCACUGAAUCAUAUCAUUGUAAAAAGAUCAACAUUCACCAUUUUCAUUUUAAAAUGAUGGUGCUGUUAUUUUGUUGAAAUAAAAUUGAAAAAUUUA